GGCACGUACUAGUAAUAAUGUCAAUGCCAAAAUCAUCAUGCGCUUCGCCAAUGCAAGCUACCGCUAGACUUAACGUGGGGCUCAUAUUUCCUACGGCUGCUAUGAGCUGACUGUAGGUGAAGAGAGAGAGUUCCAAUUUCGAGAUAUUGGGAGAAAUCGACAUUCAGUGAGAUUGUUUCUUCCCUCCUUUUACGCUUAUCUUCUUUGUCUUCUUUUUAUGCGCGGUUACUUAGGAACCAUCAUUUACAAGAUGGGUAGUCUCUUCUCCUUCCAUUUCCCGGGGUUCUUUCCUCUUCGCGACUAUGAGGCCACUAUCAACAUCCCCGGAAUGCGUGGAACACUUGUAGCUGCCAUUCUCAUCCUCCUCUUCGUCCUCUUUACUCCUUCUUUCAUCCGCUCUAAGCAGAUUCCCAAUGCUCCAAUAUUUGGCUAUCGUUCCAUUUUCGAGCCGACUUUUCUCCUGCAGGGCCGCUUCAUCCUGGGUGCUCGACAUAUCAUUCAUAAUGCCUACACUACGAUGAGAGGAAACCCAUUCGUCCUCCGGCGUUGGGACGUGGAUUUCCUGGUCCUACCAAUGAGGUAUCUUGAGGAGGUUCGACUGAUUUCUCCCUCCAAGCUCAGUAGCAAAGGGGCUCAGACUGGGGUCAGUCUACUCGUUUUUGCUCUAUUGUAGCGCGCUCCCCCUUUACCCCCUGCUCUCGAAAGGAUAGAGAAAGAAGUAGAGAAGAACAAUCUUGGCUUUUGCUAAUGAGGGUGGACGAGGUACUAUAGAAUCUAGCCCCGGAGUACACCUCAAUGCAAUUCCUCUACCACUCCAACCUCCACCUCGACGUUCUCAAGAAGAAGCUCAUUCCUGACCUGUAUAAUUAUGUGGAUAAGGCCAAGGAGGAAUUGGUGUAUGGGUGGGAGCGCGAUCUGCCGCAUACUG